AUGAUUCCUCUCGUCUUUAUCUGGGCAGUUCUGGCUUCUGCCCAACUCCCUGUACCUAAUCUUGGACCUGAGCUUAGCGACAAUAUCAACUUCAAGAAGACCGUCUUUAUAGAGUGUAACAACUUUAUACAAACUUGCGCUCCAACCAUCUCUUCCUGCGCAUCCGUGAUUUGUAAGCAAUGCACAGGCCUGGGGCAGAAGGCUCUUAAUGCCUGCUGUGCGAGUGAGAGCGAACCAGCGUCUUGUCUUGGCAGUGCGCUUCGGGUGCCUAACUCUGCCGAAGCAUCGGCAACUACUUCAGAGGCUGGUCCUACGUCGUCGUCGUCCCAGGCUGCCGUCAGUACAACUACGGCCGAGGCACCCCUGGUGACCAAGGCUCCCUCCGGCAUUGCAGCCUGCGCAAGUGUCUCCAAGUCUUUGGACAUCUGCAACAGCUUAAGCCCAGGCGUGAUAACCUCUUCAUUCCUUUUCCAGGCGCCCUGCCUGUGCUAUAACGCCAACUACAAGUUCGACCCGAGCAUUUACGAUGAACCCUUUUCAAACUGCUUGGCAUACUAUUCCACUGCGUCACCGUCCUUUUACGCCUCGCUUGCGGCGUCUUCGAUUGGCUCCAAGCCGUGUGCUAGUAUCGGCGAUGUAGUGAAGUCUUGUUCUGAGACAGGAUCAUGCACGCCUGUUGAGACGGGAACUCGCAGCGAUAGGUCGAUAACGUCUGGCAGCAGUGAUCAUGGAUCAACUUCAACACUGGUUCCACUGACGACAACCACGUCUACUAAGAAUGCAGGGCAGAUAGUUUCAUCCGGAGAUGCAAGUAUAGUCGGAGUUGUACUGGCAUGGAUAUUGUACUUAUUCUAA